AAACUUUCGUAAACUCGAUAAUAUAAAUUUAAUAUAAAUUUAACGAAUUAUUUUCAAGUUGACAAGAAAAAAAGAAAAAAAAGAUUGACUUUGAAAUCGUUAAUCUUGUGAAUUGAUUCUCAUCAUCCAUACAUAUCUUUGUUACUUAUCUCUUAACACAAACAUGAAUAGAUAUUAAAAUAUAAACAAUAAAAAAUAUUUCUCGACCAAUUUCUUCUAUAACGUUCGUUCGAAAAAUAUGCAUUUACGACGUUUAAGAGCAAAUUUCAAGGUAUAUCGAGAUAUACGAAUGAUGGAAAGGGAGAUAUUCGAUUGAAUCGCAAUUAAACAACGGAAAUGAUUAUGCAUAUCGGUUAUGACCAAGUUUUAACAAAUACGUAGCGAGCUUUUUAACAAGCUUGAUAAUGAAAUAAACGAGAGUAGAAUACGUAUUUCCUUAUCUAUACGUAUAAGACUGCAGUUACGUUGGUAUAUAUAAAUGUUCACCUCUGCGAUUUAUAUCAUAGUAUAUGUUUUGGUCGCGCGUAGUAAGGAUUGAAUAAUCAAGUCGUUUAUCGUAGAAAGAUGCAUUGUUUAAAAUAUGGUGAAAUAAUAAUUAUGUUAAUUAUCGUAGCCACGAGUCUCGGUAUCAAUUCGAUCAGCCUAAUCGAAAUCGAUCACGAUUCUGGGCAUAAAAUCAUCCCUCCAACACCGAAAUUUCAAGGGACAUUCGCAGAGACUCACGAGCAUGAAACUAUCGCUAAUCGCAUAAAAUCGUGGAGAAAAACGGACAAGCACAAUGUUUGGGAGCUAAGCGGUUUGUACGAAGGAGAUAUAAUGAUCACGGACGAGGAUGAAAUAAAGAAUGGCCUGAUAAAAACGGCGUUCCGUUGGCCAGGCGGUGUUGUACCCUAUUACAUAAAGGAGGAUGAUUUUGACGAAGAAGACAUAGAGAUGAUCAAAGACGCUAUUGAGGAUUACCACAAGAACACGUGCAUACGUUUCCGCCCCUACGAAAAAUCUGACAACGAUUACAUCACCAUAGAAGCGAAAUCGUCGGGAUGUUGGUCCCUGGUGGGUAGACACGAUCACGGGCAGGUGGUGAAUUUGCAGAAUCCGGGAUGCGUGCAGCAUGGUGUAAUUGUACACGAGCUGAUGCACGCGUUGGGUUUUUAUCAUCAACAAAGUGCCGCGGAUCGUGACGAAUGGGUGACGAUCAAUUGGGAAAAUAUAAAGCCAGGAAGAGAGCACAAUUUUAACAAAUAUGACAAUCGCACUGUCACGGAUUACGGAAUCGGUUACGAUUACGAGAGCAUAAUGCAUUAUAGUUCUUACGCGUUCUCAAAAAAUGGCGAGCCGACCAUCACACCGAAAAAGAAAAAGGUGAAACUCGGCCAACGAAAAGAAUUCAGUGAGAAAGACAUGCUUAAGUUACGAGAAAUGUACAAGGAAGAAUGUGGCAAACGAGAGAUGAAUGGAACCGCGGAUAACAAUUCGACGGAUGACAUAUCUAUUGAGUGGAUACUUAGUAAGAAAUUGUAAUUGAAUUUUACUAGAAUUUAAAAAGUUCGACUUCUUUGUUAAGUAUAUAAAUAAAAAUAACAACAAAAUAUUGUUUAGUUUGGUAAAAAAGAAAUUAAUAUUCAUACGUUUUGUUGUCAGAUACAAAAAAUGAAAUGUCAAAAAUGUUUAGAAAAAAAAAAAAAAAAAAGAAAAGAAAAUGCAUCAAGUA